UCUCUCUCUCCAUGCGCGUUUCGUUAAUCAACGAAUCGUGGAAAAUUAAGAUCGUCCCUGUUGGAUUGCAGUGGGUGGAAGAGUCGUUCACCAACUUCGACAAGGGCAUCAAUUGGCGGAGUUACGUUGUCUGCGACGUGGCGUACAACAACGUGAACAAUUGGCUGUGGACCCCGUUCAUCGAGAGGGGACCGGCGAACCGCAUGUACAUAGAGAUCAAAUUCACCACCCGCGACUGCUCCCUGUUCCCAGGAAACGCGCUCAGUUGCAAAGAGACGUUCAGCCUGCUUUACUACGAGUUCGACGUGGCCACCAAGGAGCCGCCCCCGUGGGAAACGGACAGUUACAAGUUGAUCGGGCGCAUAGCCGCAGGCGAGGGAAGGUUCAACACGAACACCGAGGUGGUGAUAAACACGGAGGUGAAAUCGAUCCCCGUGACGAAGAAGGGCGUCUACUUUGCGUUCAGGGACCAGGGCGCUUGCAUCUCGAUCCUUGCCAUCAAAGUUUACUACAUCAGCUGCCCGGAGAUCUCGGUCAACUUCGCGCACUUCCCCGCAACGCCGACCGGCCGCGAGGUGGCGCUGAUCGAGCAAACGAUCGGCACCUGCGUGGCGAACGCCGUUGUGAUCGAGCAGCCCACCUUCCUCUGCAAGGGGGACGGCAAGUGGUACCUGCCCAGCGGCGGAUGCCACUGCAAGCCGGGAUAUCAGGCCGACGUUGAGAAGCAAGAGUGCACCGAGUGCCCGAUCGGUAAAUUCAAACACGAGGCGGGAUCGCACAGUUGCGAGGCUUGCCCGGCGCACAGCAAAUCGUCCGAUUACGGGUUCACGGAGUGUCGUUGCGAUCCAGGCUACUUCAGGGCCGAGAAGGAUCCCAAGAAAAUGCCCUGCACGCAACCACCGUCGGCCCCGCAAAAUUUGACCGUGAACUUCGUCGACCAGUCCACCGUGUUUCUCUCUUGGAACGCGCCGCACAUGCUCGGCGGCAGGACGGAUACGACUUACAGGGUGGUCUGCGACGCUUGUAGCAUGGGUGUCAAAUACAUUCCCAACACCGUACGUUCUUUUUUGCCUUCCUUUCUCUCGUUCUUUCUC